GGAGGAGGGGAGCUGGAAGGUGUUGUGUUUCAUGUUUUCUUGGUGCGCACGUGGUCAAGAAUGGGGGAAGCGAGGGGCGGCAUUGUUCUUUACCUUUGUUCCUCUUCUGGCGCGGAAAAUUAUUAGACUGACAAGAAAUGAUGCUAUCACAAGAGUUUCCGCUCCGGGAAGACGGGUAUGCGGCCCUUCUUCCAACCUUAGGUUCCUCUGGGGAAAAAAAACGGUUUCAAAAGUUCGAGUUGUAGAUGAGAACUGCAAGUUCAACUCGUCAGUCAGUCGUCUGAUAUGACCUGCGUUUACCUAC